CUGUUGAAAUUUUAACGUGCACACUAUACUUUUCUAGAGAACAUUUUCGAGAUGUUGCACUCGUUCCUCCCUCCAGCAUAUUAUUCUGAAAACCGAAAGCGCCCACGGUGGAGCUUUUCAAAACAAGCGGUAGGGAGCGGGGCUGUGCAAGAGGAGUUGGAACCUCGACUGUCCUCCCAGCUCACUGAUCCCCGGUGGAGGAUAGGGUACCCUGGCUAUCGGAUACCACGUGGCCCGCGCAGGUUCAAGCACGCAGAUCGCCGCCACGUUGGGAAGCAGAGCGCGGUUGUGGGUGCGAACCGCGGCCAGCAGAGGCCCGCACGCCCACCGCCAGACCCGGCUGGCCUCCCUGCCCUCGGAUCCGAGCUCUUGUGGGUGAGACUCAUUCAUCUCAAGUCGGCUGCCUGGAGGGCUUCUUCUGGGCCCGAGGGGUGGCUGACAGUGACAAAAGCACAGAAGGUCAACUUUGGCAGGCCUCGGUGGGAACCCGACCUGGCGCCGGGAAGAGGGCGCACGUCACGCAGGACGGGUCAGUCAGCUUGCGCGGAGGAGGCGGGCGCACGGAGCAUAUAUGGCCGUGGAUUGGUCCUCCCCGAACUCACGCUCGUGGAUUGGUUCUUCCGAGACUGUUCGUCCCGGAGUUCCAGGCUGCGGAUUGGCUCUCUAUCGGGCCACGUUGCUUUCGUUGGGCCAGCAGCCCGCGCGUCUUUCUUGGUGAGAGGAGCUGCGCGGUCCCGUCUAGGAGCGGUCCCAGUCAGCCAUCGCUUCUGGAGGUCCUCGGUUCCGGUUCCUUCGGUGGGCGGCUCGUGAAGCUUCCCUUGCCUCGUCCUUCCUCUAGAAGCGUCUCUCGGCCCGCGCUCAGCAGCAUGAGCGUGGGCUUCAUUGGCGCGGGCCAGCUGGCCUGUGCGCUGGCGCGGGGCUUCACUGCCGCAGGUAUCCUGUCUGCUCACAAGAUAAUAGCCAGCUCCCCGGAAAUGGACCUGCCUACAGUGUCCGCACUCAGGAAGAUGGGUGUGAACCUGACCCGAAGCAACAAGGAAACUGUGAGGCACAGCGAUGUCCUGUUCCUGGCUGUGAAACCACAUAUUAUCCCUUUCAUCCUGGAUGAGAUUGGAAUGGAUGUGCAAGCCAGGCACAUUGUAGUUUCCUGUGCGGCUGGUGUCACCAUCAGCUCUGUGGAGAAGAAGCUAAUGGCGUUCCAGCCAGCUCCCAAAGUGAUUCGCUGCAUGACAAAUACACCUGUGGUGGUACGGGAAGGUGCUACUGUGUAUGCUACUGGAACCCAUGCCCUGGUGGAGGAUGGGCAGCUCCUGGAGCAGCUGAUGAGCAGUGUGGGAUUCUGCACCGAGGUGGAGGAAGACCUGAUUGAUGCCAUCACUGGACUCAGUGGCAGUGGACCUGCCUAUGCAUUCAUGGCCCUGGAUGCACUGGCUGAUGGUGGAGUGAAGAUGGGUUUGCCACGGCGCCUUGCAGUCCGACUUGGGGCCCAGGCAUUAUUGGGAGCUGCCAAGAUGCUGUUGAGCUCGGAGGACCAUCCAGGCCAGCUCAAGGACAACGUUUGCUCCCCUGGAGGAGCCACCAUUCAUGCCCUACACUUUCUAGAGAGUGGGGGCUUCCGCUCUCUACUUAUCAAUGCAGUUGAGGCUUCCUGUAUCCGAACCCGGGAGCUGCAGUCCAUGGCUGACCAGGAAAAGAUCUCUCCAGCUGCCCUUAAGAAGACCCUCUUGGAUAGAGUGAAGCUGGAGUCACCCACAGUGUCUACACUGGCCCCAUCCAGUCCUGGAAAGCUCCUUACAAGGAGCCUAGUCCCAGGAGGCAAGAAGGACUAAGUCAUCAUCUGCCCUCCUCGUUGUAAUCCAGAGCCCUUGGCAGAACUUUCUGUUGUGCAGGCAGGGGUACACCUAGGUAUUUCCGGUCUUGGUGAUAAUUUGAUUUUCUUCACACCAAGUAACACUGGUUUCUUCUCUGGUCCUUUCAUAUAGGAAGAUGCUGUGAAGGGGUGUUUGUCACUGGAAGCCAGACACAACAUUGCACACCUCCCUCUGGUGGCAGAGAGUGGCUAGUGACUUGAGUCAGUGCUUCCUGGCCUGGUUAGAAGGUCUGGUCCUUCAGUUGGAGUCCAGAGCAAAUCAGUUUGAUGCCAAAGCAAGGAUGUGAGAGAGAAAAAUGUGAAAGGAUUCUUUAUAUUGAUAUGUGGAGAAGUGAGCAAUUAAGAAUUGUUCUCACCAGAAGUGUAUGAUAUUAGAUAGUACUUGUGUUUGAUCCUUGUCUUAUGGAUGUAUCAUUUAGUGUUAUCUGGUGCUGGGUUUAGCUGCUUUAAUAAAGUUUCAUUUUCUGCUUU